AUGGAGGACUGGGGUAAUUAUCUUCUUUCUUUAUUUUGAAGUGACUUUUCCUUCAUUUUUUGAAUAUUUUUUGUCUAACUAAUUUAACGCAAUAGAAUAUCUUAAAGCCUUUUAUCUACUGGCUGACAAAUAUUUGAAUGUGGACUUUUUGAGGUGUCGUAAAUUGUCUAUGAUGUUAAUCUGAAGCUAGUAGUGACGAAGUAAUAAUAAAUCUGUGCUUAACCUGAUAUAUAUGUAUAUCAGAACUAAGCAUUAUCUUUGUUCAAUAACGGUAAAUAGUCAUUUAUAACAUGAAUUAUCAAUAUUUGAGUAAUCACAAUAUACCUAAGAACAUCAGAGCAGAAAGGAAUUCCCUAUUUGUCAGAAACAGAAUUUCGAUGUUGCAAAUUGGUAGAGACAGUAACGUAGUUUCUUUUGGAAAGUGUCAGAGAAACUAUGAGCCAGAUGUAUACUGAGGAACAAUACAUAGUCUCUCUAUAUCUCUUAUGGUUUCGUCCACUCCUAGUAUGAUCCCAUGCUUGGGAAUUUAACUUGUAUUCCGAAGCCGAUUAAUGCUUUUAACAAAUGCACUUAGAGUUGAAUUGUUAGAGACCUUUUUUCAUUUUUGUCCGUAGUUUAUUUUAACCAUAAUAAUGUAAAAAUCAUUUUCACAGAAUCUGAGGAGUUUGAUCCAGUAGCUCCUAUUUUAAAGAAAGAAGAACCAAAAGGUAAAUGGGAUGAUGAGGAUGCAGAAGAAGAAGAUGUCAAAGAAUCCUGGGAGGAUGAAGAUUCUGCUGAGGUGACCAUUAUCCAUGCCAUUUCCAUUUUUGAUUUCCUAAAUACUAAAUUAUUUUUCAUUUGUGCUUAUGCUGUUUGAGUAAAAGGAAUAACAGUGGGUGUGUGAGAGCUGGUGGAGCCUGCAUUGUUGUUGUUUGAUAUAUUUAUCAGUUACUAAAACCUUAUUAAAUUCUGGAUGAGUUAUCUAAUUCUACAGAUGUGGAAAAUGGAUUAAUCAAUGCCAAACUUACAACUUUGCAUAGUGGCAAGCAUGAGGGGGAAUCUCUCACAAUGGCUCGGCGGAAAAUCUAAUAAAACGCAUGCCUAAGCAAUGUUUCUUCUGCAUUUAUUAGUAGGCAGUUUUACCAGUGAUGCUCCAAGAUCCUUACGUUAUUGAGUUCUCUAUUGGGCAAUGACAAGUUUGUGUGGCUCUUCGAUUCUGUGGAGCUCUUUGAUGUUGAUGGAAUAGUUGGUUUACAUGUAGCGAUCCGCAGCACAACCUGCUGUUGAAAAGCCUGCUACGAAACCCAGUGCCAAAGCUGGUGGAAAGAAGACAAAGUCCGCCGAAGGUAAACCAAGUAUAGAAAAGGAAACUGUGGUAGGUGACGAGGUGCUUGCAGAUCCAGUAGCAGAGAAAUUGCGGCAGCAAAGGUGAGGACAGGAUCUUCAAGAUACCGCGGUAAAUUCUUCAAAAUUUUCAAUUAAAUGCCAUUGAUUCUCGUCACAGGCUUGUGGAAGAAGCUGAUUACAAGUCCACCACAGAGCUAUUUGGGAAAAGAGGGGACGAAAAAACCCUGGAAAAUUUUAUACCGAAAUCGGAGGGUGAUUUCUUGGAGUAUGCACAGCUCAUUUCCCAUAAGCUCCGCCCAUAUGAUGUAUGCUCAUCUUCUUCGUCUCAGUGCCUGCUACUUCUUUGGGCAAGAAACGUAUCCGGGACCUUACCUGCUUUCUCUGCUCUCCUUGACACAUCAGAAAAGCUUCCAUUACACGGGUCUGCUCAAGACAGUCAUGAGACUGUCGAUGACCAACAUGAAGGCAGCUGAUGCUAAAGAGGUAGCCUCAUCUAUCACCGCCAUUGCAAACGAGAAGCUCAAGGCAGAGAAGGAAGCUGCUGCAGGCAAGAAGAAACAAGGUAUGAGCUGGGGCCUGCGUGCUAUAAUUAUGAAUCUUAUUUAUUUUUUUCCUCGUAGUAUCCAUAUUGUGAGCUUUUCAUGGACUUUACUUCCUUCAGGAUUUGAUGCUUCAUGCAUUCAUAAUAAUGUUUCUUAAAAUAGUAAUGCCAAUGAGCCCAGUAGACCCAUCUCACUGAAAGAUUCCCUUUGUUUCUAUCUCUAACUUGGUGUUGGGAGUCGUGGGCUUGUGAGAGGGCAUGCUAGAAUAUUCCACUGUCGAUUGAUCUUGUGAUUAUGAAAUCCUCCUCCUGGCUGGUCCACACAGGUGCGAAGAAGAAACAGCUCCACGUCGACAAGGCUGAUGAUGAUGUGGCAGUUGGUGGGGCCUACGAAGCUCUCGAUGAUUAUGAUUUCAUGUGA